UUUUGGUAAUUAACGCCAACCAAAGCCCUAUUUUCCAACCACAAAAGAUACAAAUUCAAAAUCCCCUGAAAUAAAUUAAAUUUCAUAUUCAAAAAACUGCAGAAAAAGGAAAAUCUACUGGAAACUUCUUAUUCUUAGUUGUUUUUUCCCUCUUUACUCGACAUCAUAGGGAGAAAAGAAAAAUAACGAUGGGGCCACCAGCGGCGGCGACGGUGUCGGAAUUGGGUCCGGGGCAACCAUUAUCGGCGUCAGUAGUGAAUUCGUUUCGAGUGGCGGCAGUGGCGGAGCGAUUGGCUACUCACACUCAGCCUGGUGGACAGCCUCAGAGCACGGAGUUCUUCAGCCUCUGCCUCUCUCUCGCUAGAGGCAUUGAUUUUGCGAUUGCAAACAAUGAGGUUCCUGCCAAAGCACAAGAGUUACCUACAUUGUUCAAACAGAUUUGCCAACGCAGAAAUGACCUCUUCUUACAAGCAGCUAUUAUGGUGUUGAUGAUAUCAGUAAAGAAUGCCUGUAAGAGGAGCUGGUUUUCGGAUAAAGAGAGUCAAGAACUUUUUACUCUUGCCAGUGAGGUGGGCAGCUGUUUUUGCAGCUCAGGAGAUAUUAAAAAUGAACUGAAUGAUUCACUUUCAACUAUUUUGGCAAUAAUGUCAAGGUUCUAUCCAUUGAUGAAGAUGGGGCAGAUACUUGCUUCCCUGGAAGCUAAGCCUGGAUAUGGCGCACUUGUGAUUGAUUUCCAUAUAUCUAAGAAUGCAAAACAUUCCCCUCUUGAGAAAAUUAGGUUAUUUGUAGCUCAAAAAGAUAACAUAGAGACAUCUGCUUGUAUUAUAAGUCCACAACAAGUGAAGUAUGAAUCAUUUGUCUUUUACUUUUUCUCUUUGUUUAAUGUGUCGCAGGUCAUUUAG